AUGGCUCUCAAGCGCAUUAACAAGGAACUCACUGACCUCGGCCGUGACCCGCCCUCUUCCUGCUCCGCCGGUCCCGUCGGCGAGGAUCUGGGUGACUCCCCAUACUCCGGAGGUGUCUUCUUCCUUGCCAUCCACUUCCCCACCGACUACCCCUUCAAGCCUCCCAAAGUCAACUUCACCACCCGGAUCUACCACCCCAACAUCAACUCCAACGGCAGCAUUUGUCUGGACAUCCUGAGGGAUCAAUGGAGCCCAGCUCUCACAAUCUCCAAGGUCCUCCUCUCCAUCUGCUCCAUGCUCACAGACCCCAACCCGGACGAUCCCCUCGUGCCCGAAAUCGCGCACGUCUACAAGUCCGAUCCGCCCCGCUACGAGGCCACUGCCCGCGAGUGGACCCGCAAGUACGCUAUCUGA